CACAGCACACUCACGGUUAGACAACGUUGCCUAUUAAUAUAUCGAAACUGUGCCCGACUGGGAAGAGCUGCGUUUUGUUCCACAAAUGAAAUCAACAAAUCUGUAGUAUGCUGUGCUUUUUUAAUCGCUUUCUUCAAAAAUUCCGAAAUGUAUAUUUAUAUUCAGUCCUAGGCAUAAAUUUCGAUUAAGGAUCGGAGCGUAACUACUUGUAGAAAGAAAUCCGAACACCUUUCAGCAAAUGGGUACCGAUGGAUCCGAUUGAAAAGAAUCAGCAACAAAAGGAAGACAUCGGCAGAGCAUCAAAAGGCAGUGAUCACUCCCUCGAUCGACAAACUGUCAAGAAAUCCCGCGAGAAAGGGAAUCAGAACCGCAAAUCCGAGAAAUCGACCAUUAGCAGUCAAAAAAGCCCUUUUAAGAGCAAAUAUGCGAGUGAUAAGCAAUUCGCCAGGGCUCCUUUCGGCCAUUCAGGACUGUCCUCAAAAAGUUUUUCUCGUCGUCACAUCCAAGAUAACGGAACAACUUUUUAUGCCAAGCCUGCUAAGUUUGGGAAGAUCGCCAAGGAGCUCAAGAAGCAGCCCGCUGUUGACAUCAACCUGUCGUCGGUGAAGAAGGGGAAGCCACUGAAACGUUAUUCGCCAAUCCACGGCAGUAGCGACGAACAGCAUUACGAUGACGAUCCUCUUACUAACGGAUCAACGUAUUCAUCAAGCUCAAUACACAUUUCCAUGUCAGACAAGAGCAGCAGCAGUCGCAGCCCGGAAAACCCUCCUCGUCACCGGAAGUGCUACACAAACAGCAAGCAUGCCGAGUUCACCAAGACGCUGAAGCUACUAGACAAGGGGCAGAGCAAGGACAUUAAAGUAUCUCAGUCCGCUGGGAAUUUGAAACGGAACAGUAGCAGUGGCGAUGAAAUGAAAUAUGCUUCAGCUGAUGAUAUACAUUCAUAUGCGGAAAAAGAAGAUGCAAUUCUCUCAGAUAAAGAUAUUCAAAAAUCCAAUUCGAACAUUUACAAGACUCCUAGCAAAAGUGAAAAUCGUUUGUUCAAUGGAAAUUCGAACUCUACAAUUACAAUAACUAAACCUGUAACACCAACGAAAGAGGAAGUUACAUUUUCAUCCUUCGCUCCCGACAUAAAUGCCGCAAACAUAUUAGACCCUAAAUCAGACUGUGACCAAUCGAAGUGCAAUUUGAAUUACUUUUACAAAGGAACUGAUAAUAAAAUGAAUCUGGAAGGAUCUGAUAUAAGCGGAGUGAAAAUUUUGCUGCGCGGCGAUUUAUUGGGAGCACUCAACUGCUUAUUUCCGCAGCUUAAUUUGGUGGCGUCAGAAACGAACCCGAAACGACCGCUUUUGGAUCCCAACUUUUCAUAUUUUAGUGAUUCGUCUGAUAUUUUAAUUGAAACUUUCGCAUUAGCUAGAAAACUUUAUAGUGAACAGUCAGCUAAAGCAGACACUAACAAUACAUCACCCAAUGAAAAAUUAUCCGAUUCCUCAAGUUUUUCAUCCUUGCAAAGCGACAAAGUGAAAUAUCCUUAUAGUUUCGACGAACUUCCUUUCCGAAGUGCCGAGCAAGACUUUAACGGUGAAAAUCAUGGCAACAGCUGUAAACUUCAUGGAAAUAGUCCACAAUUAAGCCUAAGAAGUAUCGUAAGUGCCAAAGAUAUCCACACAUCGUCUAACCCUAGAAAUUCGAGCAGCACAAUUAAACUAGCGUCUAGUAGUAGUUCACAACAUAUCCUGAAGUCUUCCCACUCAGAGCCUAAAAUUCCGAAUGCAGCAGCUCGUUCUCAUAAUACUCGUCUGAAUAUGUCGCUGGAGAGUUUCGUUGAUGAGCAAAAAAGAGCAGCGAGCUCGACACCCUAUGAUCGCUUAAAACCUUAUCGCGGUAUCGAAAGCAUCAUGACGGAGAUAGAAAAACUACCAACAAAUUGUCAAGACCGUACAUUCUUUCCAGAAAAACAGGAAAGCCCAACCCGACUGGAACUAAACUCUCACAAAAGAAGCCUCUACUCAUCAGUACUGAAAAGUUCAGUUUUUAAAGAUACUGCGUCCAGCAUCGCUGAAAAGAAAACGAUACAUCACAAUGGAUAUCAUAAUUCUGAAGCAAGCCAGUGGUGUGAGAAAGCAACCGAACAAAAACCUGUUUUCAAAGUUAACAACGACAGUGAUCAUAAAGUAGAUAAUUUCAACCAUACCUUGCAUUCAGAUGAUAAUACUCCCACGAAAACAACUCCAAUAACGGACUUGAGACCACCAAUUUGUUACGAUUUGGACGAGCUAGAGAAAGACAUAACAAAGUCGCUGGAGAAGCUUGUGGACGAAGCAGAUGAUCCGAUAAUCCUAAAUCAAUACAACAUGCAAUAUUCAAACGCUUCGACGAAUCUAUACGGGCUGAAUAACCCGCCCACCAGUCAGUAUUUUCACAACCAAACACAAAAAUUCAAUGAAACCUGUUACCGUAAGCCUCCUAUAGCAAAUUCGGGAUUGAAUAGCUUACAAAAUCGGCUAAACUUCCUACGUACGAAAGGACGUCCAUCGGAUUUUGAACAGUUCUUCAACCCCCUAGCAUUUAACACUCAACUCACAGCUCAAUUCUUUCGUCAGGAGAAUAUAACGAACAAUAUCAACUCAAUGCCGAUGGAUAAUAUGAAUCACGUCAAUCAACUGUUUCCCAAAGCCGACGUGGCCAAGUUGGCCACAGUAAAUACGCCUUACUAUCAACAAAGCCCGGGUAACAACUUCGAAAGAGACAUUAAAGAACUCUUGACUCGUUAUCCUCAAAUCAUGCAAAACACGGCCACUAGUAUCAACCAACAAAAUAUUUUAACUGGAAACAAUACUAACAUCACAGCCAACACCACUCCCUUCGACUUAACAUCUUUAUACGCACAUCUCGCGACGGCUAAAGUCCAAUCAACACCUCUCCCCCAUACGCUUACUAAACCCAACUGCAAUGAUGAAAACAUGAUCCUCAACCAAUUUAUUGCCUCACAAAGCUUAGACAACAUGUACACCAACAAUGCAGCCCUAAACCGAUAUCAAAUAUCCAGUAACAAGUUUCCGAGCCAAAUACCACUUGACUACGGAAAGCAAGGUCACUCCUCGGGGCUAGGAUCAAUGGGCAUGGUGGAUCAGGAAAAUUUUCCAGCACCACAUUAUCUGGAGGGCAGCAAUUGUGGAGGCAACUCUUCGAGUGGAAUAAGAACAAUAAUUUCCGUCUCCGAUUUGGAAAAGCAAGCAUUGGAACAGUAUCGAAACUCUGAAGAAAGUAUCAACGCCCGCUACGAUGUCCUGGAGAAGGAAGCCGAAGAACAAUAUAACAAUUGUUUAAGUCAGAAGUGAGGCAGUAUUAUGUACGAGUAGCAUGUGUUUGAGACAUUGUGAACGCAAAAAGAACGGAAUGGACAGCGCAAUUUCAGAGCAAUAAGAAAUGAAAAUGUUUUCUUUAUAAGUAUGUCGAUUUUUUAUCGUCCAUUUUUCAUUAUUAUUUAAUAAUUUCAAUUUAUAAAUGCGAAAUGAUUUUUUGACAAUAAAC